AUGUCUACCGUUUAUCACGACUAUUCGGGCUUUUCCAACAUCACCACCUUUGGUGAAACAUAUGCUGCCUUCGGCAAUAUUGAAGGGUUGAACUUCAUUGAAAAACUCUGGGCCUCAUACUACACAUAUAUCGGUAAUGAUAUAUUUGCCACUGGUCUUCUUUUCUUCACAGUUCACGAAGCUUUGUACUUUGGUAGAUGUAUCCCAUGGGCUAUCAUUGACAGAAUUCCUUACUUCAACAAGUACAAGAUUCAAGAUACUAAGAUUCCUUCUAACCAAGAACAAUGGGAAUGCUUAAAGUCAGUUUUGACUUCCCAUUUUUUGGUUGAAGCUUUCCCAAUUUGGUUCUUCCAUCCUCUUUGUCAAAAGAUUGGUAUCUCAUACCAAGUCCCAUUCCCAACUGUUGCCACUAUGGCUCUUCAAGUCGCUGUAUUCUUCGUUUUAGAAGACGCUUGGCACUACUGGUUCCACAGAGCCUUACAUUACGGUGUUUUCUACAAGUACAUUCACAAGCAACAUCACAGAUACGCUGCUCCAUUCGGCUUAACUGCUGAGUAUGCUCAUCCUGUUGAAGUUAUGUUGUUGGGAUUCGGUACCGUUGGUAUUCCUAUUGUCUGGUGUUUGAUCACUGGUGACUUGCAUCUUUUCACCGUUUGUAUUUGGAUUGCCUUGAGAUUGUUCCAAGCUGUCGAUGCUCAUUCUGGUUAUGAAUUCCCAUGGUCUUUGCAUCACUUCUUGCCUAUCUGGGCUGGUGCUGACCAUCACGAUGAACACCACCAUCAUUUCAUUGGUAGUUACGCUUCCAGUUUCAGAUGGUGGGAUUUCCUUUUGGACACUGAAGCUGGUCCAAAGGGUAAGUCUCUGAGAGAAGCUAAGAUGAAGGUUAAAGCUGAAUCUAAAAAGUCCAUUUAA